AUAUAACAGCUGAAGGCCCCAAAUACAUAAUUCAAUUUCUCAUUAGGGAUUUGCUUACGUUCCAGAAAGCAUAUCUAAUUGGGGUCACGUUGAUUGUCAAGAAACAAACGUCCAUAGCUCUCUCAAAAAUGCUAAGAGCAGAAGAUGAAGACGCUUCAGAACUCAAACUUGGAGACGAUUUUUUGAAGGCGAAGUGUCUGAUGAAUAGUGAGGUUGCCAUUCUUCUUGAGCACAGAUGUGAUCAGAUGAAGCAUAUGUCAGGCGAAUCAAUGCACCAACUUCCCCAAGUGCUGGAGAAAUCACUGCAGUAUGUUAAGUGCUUCAGUCGCUUCACGAAUCAGGGCUCUGUGAAGCAAGUUCGAGAAGUUCUCAGUAGAUACCAGUUGGCUGAAUUCGAGCUUGCAGUGAUUGGAAAUCUUUGUCCUGAAACUGUGGAGGAAGCCAAGGCAGUUGUGCCUUCCCUCAAGACGAAAGGACGUGGGCACGAUGAUGAAGCCAUUGAGAGACUGUUGAAUGACCUAAUGAUGAUUAAAAAGUUUGAGUGAAUAUAUGCUUCACUGUUUUGGUUAAUUGAUUUUCUCAACCCUUGGUGAGUACUAUGCUUAUUUCUACUUCAAGUUCAACUUGAUCUAAAAUGUGUAGCUAAUUUCUCUCUUCAAUAUGUACAUUGAACUUGGAUAAUUAACCUACCAGUCAGCAAUUUUUGGUUAGGCGAGCGAUUGAGACAUUAGACACAUUAAUUAGGGUGCAAGGAAGCACCUAACCUACUCACAUGGACCUGUCUAGCCCGUUGGUCUUGGCUCAUGUCUUAGGCAGGCUUAGCAUCGAUCUGGUCCAAUACUCUUAUUUUUCCAUUUGAAUUUGGUCCGAUCUUGGCCUAUACGAGAAGUUCUAGCAUCCGGACACAUGCCAGAAUUUCUCUACCUAUGCGCCUGAAAGCCAUAACUUCUCGACCGAUACGCUCCAGGCUCAAUCUUGUUAAGGGUUGAUCUUAUCGAUGCUUCUUCUUAUUGUUUUUUAAUUGAAGCAUCAAUUAAGAAAUUUUGGCAAACUGAGUACAUGUUCAAAUUGUUUAAUGGCUAAACAGACACUCACGGAAUCUCGUACUCCUAUUCUCCUUAGAAUUUAGUUUUCUUUAAUCAGUUCCUGUCCCUUGCAAUUAAUUAAUAAUACAAGAAAGAAACUAUUUGUAUUUGUAUUGGAGAAGGAUUCAAACAUGCAUAUCUAACGUCUUAUCCAACCAUACAUACUUAAAUUCUUCACUAUAUACAUGACUUAAAUUAAGUUGAGCAUAUAACCCAACUCUACCUUUUGUUUGGUGUAUUUUGUUUUGGUUGUGGUUUUGUUGUAUGUGCCUGGCAAAAGACUAUGUCGAUUUCUCUGUGUUGUCUCAUAGCAGGGCUUCUUUGCUAAGGUGCAACGUCGUGUGCAAGUUUAUCAGAAAGUGUUGCAAAGGUUUUGCCCUCAUGAGCGUAUCUUCUAAUUGGUACGAUGUGGUUAUGUGGGUUGGGUUUUGUUUCGUCUUUUUGUUGCGUUUGUAAUCCGGGAAUUUAUUCAUGAACCAUGAUGUUAUCUUAUUCUAUUGUUUAGUGAAAUUUCUACCUUAAAAAAAAAAAAGACAUGCUUACCAAAGUGUACAACAAGGACUUGGAUUCUCUCUUCGGAUCUCCCUUUUCAGCUCAUUUCCUAAACUUUAAUGUUGAUCGUUCAUGCAAUUUGUCAGGCCAC